AUGUCUUCUAUCGAAAACGACAAGAAGCUGCACAUCGUCGUCUCCGACAGUCACAUUGACUUGGAGUCCAGCAAUGACCUCAGCGAGAACCACAUCUUCAAGGACCCAGAGGUCGCUGAAUACUAUCGUCAAUUGUACGACAAGACUCAGUACGAGUGCCGUGACUGGUUCGACCCGGACUUCACCUACACCAAGCAGGAGGAACGCAAGGUUGUCCGCAAGAACGACUGGUACGUCACGUUCUGGGCCCUCAUCAUGUUCAUUGCCUUGGACUUCGACAGAGGCAACUUGCAGCAGGCAUUGGCUGACAAUUUCUUGAAGGACUUGCACCUCACCACCAACCAAUUGAACAUUGGAAACACCAUCAACUUGGUGUGUUUCUUAUUCGCCGAGCUCCCUUCGCAGUUGAUCUCCAAGAAGAUCGGUGCUGACGUGUGGAUCCCCAUGCAAAUGGUGCUCUGGAGCGUGGUCACCAUGUCUCAGGGAGCGCUCAAGGAUGUCCAUGGCUUCUACGCUACCAGAGCAUUUUUGGGUGCUUUGCAGGGCGGAUUUAUUUGUGACGUUUGCUUGUGGAUGAGUUACUUCUACACCACCUCGGAAAUGCCAGUCAGAUUGGCAUACUUCUACAUUGCCAAUCCCUUGUCGACGGUGUUGUCCAGUCUUUUGGCAUUUGCAUUGUUGCGGAUCCGGACCCCAGCUGUCACUGAGGGCUGGAAGUGGUUGUUCAUCAUUGAAGGAGCGUUCACAUUGUUGAUUGGUGUGGCUGCGUUCUUCAAGAUGCCUGCCUCGGCUGUGCAGACCAGGACCUGGUUCAGAAAGAAGGGCUGGUACACUGACAGAGAAGAAAAGAUUGUGGUCAACAGGAUUUUGAGAGACGACCCUACCAAGGGAGACAUGCACAACAGAGAGCCUGUGGGUCCCAAGGAGUUGCUCAAAACGUUAUUGGACUAUGACUUGUUACCCAUCUACAUUAUCAGAAUUUUAAGUGAUCUCUCAGCUAAUCCAGUGGGUAAGUACAUGCAAAUUCUCUUGAGAACCAUGGGGUUCACCACCUUCGAAACCAACGCCUUGACUAUUCCCAACAACAUCAUUGCCAUCUUCACCAUGUUGGCCAUGAGUUACAUCUCGGUUUUCUUCAAGUCCAAUGCCUUGGUCAUGGCGAGCGUCCCGCUCUGGAUCGUGGCAUGCUUGAUACCGCUAAGAUACUGGCCUGGAGCCCAGGUCGAGAAAUGGGGCACGUAUGCCGCGUUGACAGUGCUAUUGUCCCAUCCUCCAACAUGGGCAAUUUCCAUCAGUUGGUGUUCAGCCAACUCCAAUUCGGUGAGAACUCGUGCUGUUUCCGCUGCUGUGGUCAAUAUCUUCUCUCAAGCCGCUGGUAUCAUUGGUUCCAAUAUCUACAGACAAGACGAUGCUCCGUUGUACCACCGUGGUAAUACGCAAUUAAUUGGCAUUGCGUUCGGGGCGAUCGGAACUUGUUUGCUUGCACGUUUCUACUAUAUCUUCAGAAACAAGCAGAAGGAAAAAGCAUGGAACAAAUUAUCGGAAGAGGAACAGCGGGCUUAUUCUCUUACGACCACUGAUGAGGGCAACAAGAGGUUGGAUUUCAAAUUCGCCUACUAA